GUGUUUGACAGCAACAUGUUGUAGUGAUUGUCGUACUACCAUACGGUACAGUAGCGGGCACGAGGACUAACACUGGCAGCUCCAUGCUACUACAUGUAAACUAACUAACCAAGAUGCCCAAGUCUAAUCACCAUGCCAAAAACGUUAGCACGAAGAAGGAGCAAAAAGGAAAGUCGGUGUAUCGAGCCGUCAUUGGCAUUGUGGUCGUGGGUGCAGUGCUGGUAUCGUUUUCCCGACAAACGUUGGUGAUCAUUGCUACUCAGGGGAGACACCUAAUGUUGAAGACGUCUUCUCAGUCUCCACCAUCGUCCUCGCCACUAUCAUCUUCGACAAAACAUAAAAACAAUGACAACAAACGACCCCGCAUUGCGAUUCUGUCCAACUACGUGACGAAACAGGAACGGGCUAACGAGAAGCUCGAUCCUUCCUUUUAUCCUCACUUGAUCAACAAAGCAUGCUACGCAGACUUUUGGGGCUACGACUUCAUUUUCAAUCAAACUUGGGCGUUCCCGGAUCACAUUCGGUCUCGCCACGAUACCUCGCCGGAUGCUCCUCAGUGCGCAUUGGAUUGGGGCCAUUUGCAUCGUGUUCCACAGUUACUGGCACUUUUGGACUCUGACGAAAACUAUGACUGGAUCCUGUGGACCGACAUGGACUACAUUUUUACUGACUUGGCCGUGCCAUUGGAAUCCAUAUUGGCCGAACUGCAACUGCAUCGACUCAACAAUGUGCACGUCAUUGUUCCAGAUGAUGGACAUCAUGAUGACAAUCGCCGACAAUUCGUAUUCUCAAGUUUCACCGUCAUGAUUCGAAAUUCGCACUUUGGAAGGAGUCUCCUACACAACUGGAUGAACUUUUUGACACAAGGGUUGUGUCCCAAGGGCAACUUUCAAGGUCUCGACGGUUGUCGCAAGUACAAGUGGAUCCAUGGAGAUCAACCGGGAUUGUGGUAUGCCCUAGCCAAGACCUACUCGGACUUGAUGGUGACAUCAUCCAACAAGGACGACCAAUUCACGACGCAAUGCAACAACCAGACGGGCUAUCUCGUGCCGGAGAUUUCCGGGUUUCCGGGCUUUCCACUGCACAUGGGGGCAUACUUUUCUCGUCGGGGUCUCGUCAAGAGCGCCAACUAUUCGGAAAUACCCAAAGAUCAACCCAUCGUAUGGUCCUAUACGCAGCCCAACAAACGCAGCGGGAUUGGUGUCAAUGCCAACGAAAUUGUCAAGGCGCAAAGCAAGGGACGAGAAGCCCCAUCAAUCUAUCAAUCCACCGAUGGUCUCUUUGCCGUGCAUGUCAAGAGCAACUUGUUGCCACCAAGUGUUCACGAAACCAAUCGAAAUUAUUGCAUGGCAGCACCCAUCAACUGUCGCAUUGGAUAUGACGACCACGACGAGUUUGCACUGUCGUGUCACAAUCGAUCGGUGGUUCAUGGUCCAUGAUCAAGACAAAAGAUGCCAUUUACGUGCACUUUUAUUGGAAUGGCGUGUCAUGAAGGGAGGGUCACGAGUCCGCAACAACCCAUCUAUUCACUAUACUAGACAUUCCUGCCCGUCGAAAAUACACCAGACAGGUCCAAUGAUAUGGCCAAGCAGUGUGCCGGGCAAGAGUGCUCGAGGUGUUGUCCAGUAAGAGGAAUUCAAGAAGCUAGGUCACACAGACGACAGUUUGGCACUUCCCUUGUUACUACGUUACGUUCUGUCAUUCUGCCUUGUGCAACACGAUAUCCAUCAGACAGGCAGUUCUCUGCACCAACAGGAUCUGGAGAAACUCUUAGGAAACGAUAUUAUACUUCGCGAAGGACCACCGUGACCGAUCGAUCAUCUUGACCCUCUGGAGUCACAAUCGAGUGAUCGUUGGCUGGGACCGAGUAGGGAUUCGUUUCAUUGAAUGCUGCAUUCCUGUCUUGGCAAUGCAUUGAUACAACAGAGAAGUUCCCCGAAUAGGUUUCGAUUCCAAAGUUAGUACAUGUAGGUCCAGCAGUAGGUAGCUAAACGACACUCCGAAUACCGUAGCUUUUUCAAAGGAAGAACC